ACACUGACGUAUAGCUAUCGUGAUUCGUGAUCGAUUUGUUUGGUAUUGUAUUUCUGAACGACUGAUUUGCGUAGUAAUCACGAAUUUUGAAAAAAGCUAUACAAAUUACAAAUCAAUAAGGCUAAUUUCCUAGAAAGUCUAUUCGUAGACUUAGAGGCUAACAGAUAUGAACCUACAAAGAGCUUUCCAGCGAGUUUACGGUGUCCUAUUGAACACUAAUGCGAACACGGCAGCACCAUGUUGUUAUUCAGUCCGUCUAAAACAUACAAAAGAAGAGGUGAAUGAGCACAGAGCUAAGGUGAUGGCUAAAGGGUUACCAGAGAGGAAACCACUGCCAGGCGUGAAGAGCAUUAUACUAGUUGCUUCAGGAAAAGGAGGGGUCGGGAAGACCACUACUGCUGUGAAUCUCGCAUGUGCCAUGAAGGUGAUAGAGCCUGAUAAGGAGAUUGGUCUCUUGGAUGCUGAUGUCUUUGGUCCAUCAGUACCCCUGAUGAUGAACAUCAGUGGAGAGCCAAUGUUGAAUGAUGAUCACUUGAUUGAGCCACUACUGAACUAUGGUGUCAAAUGCAUGUCAAUGGGCCUGCUAGUAUCUGGUGAAAAUGCCGUGGUGUGGCGCGGGCUGAUGGUGAUGCAGGCGCUCGACAGACUGACGAGACACGUGGCGUGGGGGCCGUUAGACUGCCUCGUGGUCGACACGCCGCCCGGCACUGGAGACACACAUCUAUCACUUGCACAGAAUUUGCCAAUAGAUGGAGCAUUAGUAGUGACCACACCCCAGUCAGCAGCCCUACAAGUCACGAAAAGAGGAGUGAAUAUGUUUGAGAAACUAAAAGUUCCUAUUGUCGGUAUGGUGGAAAACAUGUCACACGCCAUUUGUUACAAAUGUGGCACGAAGAAUUUUGUUUUUGGUAAUGAAACCAAACAAACCGCAGACCAAAUGGGACUCGAAAUAAUCGAGAGUUUCGAAGUGGAUCACAACAUGUCAGAGUGCAUAAAUAGUGGCAAGCCAGCAAUAUACGCCUUACCCGACAGCAUACACGCAGAGAAAUAUAGACAGCUAGCCAACAAAGUGUUCAAAUAUAUAGAAAAUAAGGACAAAGAACAGGCAAAGGCGAAAGAAUAGACGCACAAUGUGUUGUGUUCACCUGUAGAUGUUCAAUUAAUAUUAUUAUACAAACAAAUUAUACAAAGAAUAAAUGUUUUAUAGAAUUGA